UUGUUGUUUUCUCACAAUAGACCUAGGAAGGCAGGUAAGCAGUUGUCUGGGCUUAGCCUUUUGAAGUGGAUAAAGGGAUUGUGUAACUUUCCCAGAACCAAACAGCAAACCAGUGGCUAAAACGAGUUUCAAACUAAGGACCUUAUCACUUGAAGAGCACUUUUGCAGGCUAGGAAAGGAGAAAGCCCCUGGAAAAACCAACGUAUCAGGAAUGUGGGACCUCGGCCCUUGUUCCAAAAGGUUUUGCAGCUAUUUUGAAGUCUCUGUGUCUAAUUUCUUUUAUCUGAGAACUGAUAUGCUAAAAAGUUGUUCUGUUUCCAGAAUGAAGAUAGGUUUGCAUGUGUGUUACACUGUACUUCUGAAGGUAUUCUCUGGGCCUGGUUUGGGUUUUGUAUUAGAAUAUUUUUCUGACUGAUCUGAGGGGGCUUUAGAGAACUGAAACUGCCUGUUGGAAAAGAAACAGUUCUCCAUCUGGAAAAUUUAAAGGAAAUACUUAGGUAUCAAACCGCUUGAUUGGAAGUGUUUUGUUGAAUGGACUCAAGUCAUAUUGUAAGAAAAUGUGUAUGGGUAUAAAUGGUUUUUCUGUUGUGCCCUGCAUGGUGGAAACUACUUCAGGCUCCCAAGAAUUUUUGCAUCUCUUAGUACAAUAGUAUCUUAGUUGAGAUGCUGCAUGAGAGGGGAUGCAGUCAGAGCAGGAUACUGGACCAUGGUGGGCAGAGGCAACUGUUCAAAACUACAAAAAAUGCAUCAUCAGAAUAAAACAGCCUCAACCCAAAAUUUCUGGGGAGAGUUUAGCAAAACAAAAGGAAAUAUUGAAUUUUGGAGAUGUCAGAAAGCUUUGUUUCUAUGAAAAUACCAGUGAGAAGUCUGAGAUCGACGCAAUUUUGUAAUUCAUAAACCUAAGGUUAGUGGAAAUUUUCUUUCUAUGACAGCCUGGGAAGAACAGAUGUUGAAGUGUCAAAGUCUUCUGAGUGCCAAGGGUUCUAAAUCUUGCAGGGUCUUCCUAUGAACCAUUGUCACUGUCUUCCCUAAUUAGUACAUUGUAAGUAUAAGGAUGUAAAAGGCACAGAAUAAACAUUGCUUUGUGAAUAGAACAGGGCCUGUUACUCACAUCUGUUGUAAAUAGUUAAUGAGGCAUCUUGGUAGUUGUAAAAAAACCACCAACAUGAAUGAUCAGGUCAUUUCUUUUCAUUUUACUCAUGCUGAUCAGACAUUUGUUCUUCCUUAAUAACCAAAGGCCAGCUCAGCAAGACUCACUCAGAGGUGUCCCCAGAAGGUAAAUGAAUCAUGAUGUGAAACUCCCAUUGCAACAGAGAAGGGAUUUCAAAACUAAAGUGCCGACAGGUAGACGCCACGUUUUCAAAAAAGCAAAUCUAACUCAGAAAACCAGAGAUCUGUUUCUAAUAUGCUUUUUUUCCUCUUUUGAACAGGCACAGCAAUGGAGAACUUGAAUGCCCUACUCCCAGACCUUACUGAAGAGCAGCAAGACAUUUUCCGGAGGGCUUUUACUGCUGAUGCCAGUUACUUGCAGAAUCAUGAGGAAACAAAUAAGUCCUUCUGGGAAUCACUUGUAAAAUGUUUAGCCGCUAUCGAUCCACCUGUCCUGAGUACUGAAGACAGGAAUCUCGUCAACAACUGCAGUGUCCCGCCUGCAGGCUGUGCAGCCUGCCUGAAAGCCAUAGAGGAGGAAGGAGUGAGGGCCAUGACUGUUCUCUACCUCUUGCUGAAGACAAGAAACCCAUCUGGAUACAGGGAGCUGCCCAGCUCCAAGGGAAAGGAUGAAAAACUGAAACUCCUGAAGAGAUUAGAAAGGAAUCUUGUGCAUUCACAAGGUGAUAAAAAGGCUGAAAACUCAUUCCAGGAGUCCACGGAUGAAGAUACACAAGACAGUGAUGGAGAAGAUUUAGGAAGACAGAAGACUGAAGGCCAAUUACUUGGAGGUGUACCAGCAGAGGUCGUUCCCUACACAGAUUCAGCGAUUACCAGAAGAGAAGAUUCAGUUGAAGAUGCAUAUGACGAGAACCCUCACCUCCAUCAGUGGACAGUUCGAUGGAUGGGCAUACGUAAGGAUGACGAAUUCUUUCAUUUUGUAAUUCUUUGCUUUGCAAUUGGAGCUUUACUAAUUUGCUACUACUACUACAAAGAUUGGACUAUUUCGGUUGGAACUGGUUUGGUCACCUUUGCUUCCUUGGAAACCACCGGGAUCUACUUUGGUCUAGUGUACCGAAUUCGGAGCGUACUUAACAGCUUUGUUCCUCUGAUUGACAAAUUCAGGCUACCAGGUAACGGUGACCUGUUACUGACUGCAUGCAUAGUCCUUGGAUCUUUCUGGGUGCUUCAUUUUAGUAAAGUCUUAAGAUGAACUUCUCCAAAUUAUGAUUUCCCAUCUUCCUAAUUAAAAAUAAAGAAAAAAAAAAAGUAAAAAUAUUUUACUCUAGUUCAUUAUAGCUGCCUGGGGUUGAAAAUGAAUUAUUCUUGACUCUCCUUGUGGCAGAGCAUUUUCACAUUUCUAAUACUCUGCCUGGUGUGGGAUACUGUUUCCCGACAAUGUCUGAAUAAGAAUUCUAUAUCUCAAUUAAAAACAGAGGGAGUGGGAGUAGGUUUCUCAUGCUGGGUCUUCAGACAGACUCCAGGCUCAUAUUUGUCUGUGUUCAUGAAAGCAGAAUAUGAAGAAUGCUGAACAGCUGUAUAGAUAUGUGACAAUUUGCAAACAAUAGUCCUGACAUUCAUCUUUUCCUUCAUCAUGCAGGUAUGAGGAAGGCUGACUAGGAGGAGCGUUUCAGGAGAGUUCCACAGAACCCUGCUGUCCGAAUUUCUAGUAUUAAAGAGCUGCUUUAUGAGGUGAACACACAAACCUAAUGGCUAAUGUGAAAUAACGAAAUGUUAAACCAUAGAAAGACAUCAUUCCUUCCCCACAAAAAUAAAGCUGAAACCUCAGUACAGGGCCCUACUCUUUCUGGAGCGAGUCAUGGCUCAGCAGAGCUCAUAGACAAUCUGGACAUAGGGUUAUAUUAAUUGCAUUAAAUAUAAACACAUUCUCCUUCCCUCCCCAGUACAAUCAUGUUAGCCUGCCUAUGGUUUAUCAAAAUCAACACAAUGACCACUAUUAUCCUUCACUGUUUCUGGAUGUUUCAGUAGGAAUCUUGGCACCCACAAAGCUGCCUCCUCUUCACCCUGUGAUGCCACAAUCCAGGCACACAUCAGCCUCUUGCUUACACAGCUGAGCCCUAACAGUGCAACAGCACUGAAGCAGAUUAAUUUAUUGUGGCAGAACUCAAUACAGUGGGCGUAUAAUGAUUUCACCCCAUGAAAGCUGGGUGAGAUGUAACAUGCAGUGACAAUAAUGAUACAGGAAUGAGAUUAUUAAGAGCAGCAAAUUUCAUCUCACUUUCUGAGGGGAAAAAUAAAGUGCUUAAUUUAACUCA